AAUUAUUGGUUUUACCCACAAAACUUCAAAAAAACUUUUUACAAGUCGAACCUAAACGAGAGCGAAAGGGAGCCAAGAAUCUUUCCACUUUUGCUAAACGAUGAUAGCAAAUGGCCAACAAUCUUUACGUAACAAAGACACAAUUAUAAAAACACGCUUUUAGUUCACUUCAGUUACCAAUCAGAUUCUUCGUGGAGAUCAAUGGCAGUAGAAGUUGAACAUGUAGCUCAAGAUUCCACCAUUGAUGAUGACAAGAUCAUAAGAACAGGCACGUUAUGGACCACGGUUGCGCAUAUUAUAACCGCGGUGAUCGGUUCGGGUGUGCUCUCACUGGCAUGGAGCACGGCUCAGCUCGGUUGGAUAGGCGGGCCGAUCGCGUUGUUUAUUUUUGCGUUUGUAACGUAUGUUUCUUCGUCUCUUUUAUCGGAUUGUUACAGGUCUCCUGAUCCGGUUACCGGGACUAGAAACCGGUCCUUUACGGAUGCUGUUAGAGUUAUUCUAGGCAGAAAACACGCCUGGAUAUGCGGUUUGCUUCAGUAUGUGAGUUUUUAUGGAACUGCGGUUGCUUAUGUUGUAACAACUUCGACUUGUAUGAGGGCGAUUUUGAAAGCCAACUGUUACCAUAAAAAAGGGCGUGAUGGCGAUUGCGAAUACGGUGGCAACACUUAUAUGUUGUUGUUUGGAGUAGUGCAGAUUUUAAUGUCACAAAUACCAGAUUUCCAUAGCAUGGUUUUGGUGUCGGUUGUUGCGGCCAUAAUGUCGUUUUGUUACUCUUCUAUUGGUUUGGGGCUCGGUUUGGCUCAAGUGAUCGAGAAUGGUAAGAUUGCUGGGAGCAUUGCAGGACACCCGGCUGUUAGUGUCGCUCAUAAGUUAUGGCUAACUUUUCAAGCACUGGGAGACAUAGCAUUCGCGUAUCCAUAUGCGCUUAUUCUUUUGGAAAUUCAGGAUACUGUGAAGUCACCACCAGCAGAAAACAAGGUUACAAAACGCGCUUCAGCAAUAGCGAUUCUUGCGACAAGUUUUUUCUACCUUGGAUGUGGAUGUUUCGGGUAUGCUGCAUUUGGGAAUGAUACACCGGGAAACCUCUUGACAGGCUUCGGGUUUUAUGAACCUUAUUGGCUCGUCGCCUUUGCCAACGCGUGCAUUAUAAUACAUCUAAUAGGCGGAUAUCAACUAUUCAGCCAGCCAGUAUUUGCAUUUGUGGAGAGAUGGUUAGCACAAAAGCUCCCCAACAGUCAGUUUCUGAAAAGAUUCCAUGAAUUGCAGCUGCCAUUUUUACCGGUUUUUCGGUUCAACAUAUUCAGGCUAUGUUUCAGAACAACAUACGUUGCAACAACAACCGGAAUCGCAUUGGUGUUCCCAUACUUCAAUGAGAUUCUGGGUGUGUUAGGUGCACUAAAUCUAUGGCCAUUGGCCGUAUAUUUUCCGGUAGAAAUGUACAUAGUGCAAAGAAAGGUGGAAAUUUGGAGCCGAAAAUGGGUGGUUCUUGAAAUAUUCAGUGGUGUUCUGAUGGUUGUAUCGGCGGUGGCUUUAGUCGGGUCGGUAGCUGGACUCAUAGAAGCAAAGUUGAAGUAGUAAUUAGGAUGGUAACAUUGUAUUAUGCAUGGCUUAUUUGGUCAUUAAGAAAAAAUGUAGUAUUCUAAGAGAAUAACUACAGUUUCUGUCUAGACUAAUUAAGUAAUUAUCAGAUUUACUUGAAUGUAAAAAGGGGUAAACAGAUUGCUCUUUAAUGGAAUGAAUAUGGAAUGAUUGGCUUUGUUAUUCAUA